AUAUACUGGCUACAUCUACUGUUUCUUUCAAAACAGCUGAUUUAUAACCUUUAAUAAAAAUUAAAAUGAUGCCAAUAGGUAUCGUAACUUAAUAUUUUAAUAGUGAAUUAAACUAGGUUAAAAUAAUGGAGAGGAUCAUCAAAAUUGGAAAAACAUUAAGGAACAACUGGAAAAAAUCAAUAUUUGGAGCGGUAAUCGUUUAUUAUGGCGCAUCAAAAUUAAAAGAAAAAUAUCAAAUAAACAUUUUAAUGCAAGCGGCCUGUAAAGAAGCCGUUAAAUAUGGUGACGCCUCGAUACCUAUGGAAAGGAACCCUACAGUGAUAACUGUGAUACUCAAUCCUGUAGCUAACAAACGCAAAGCUAAGAAGGAUUAUGAGAAAUAUUGUGAGCCAUUGCUGUUACUUGCUGGUCUGCAGGUAGAUGUCAUACAGACAACGUCAGAAGGUAACGCUAAGGAGGUUGUGGAAAAUCUUCGUGGUACAGAAGCUAUAAUAGUCGCAGGAGGGGAUGGAACAUUGUCUGAGACAGUAACAGGCCUGCUUCGAAGAAACGAUGAGGCAAACAGGUUCCCUUUGGGUGUAUUACCACUCGGCCGCACCAACAGCGUCGGGAAUGUUCUAUUUCCCGGCGGAGAUGGCGUCGAGAAGGUAAAGCAACUGAUUCAAUCCUGCAUGGCUAUAAUAGAAAACAACACCACUUGGAAAGAUGUGAUGAAGAUCGAACCCAUAGACACUGGUGAUGAAACUCCUAGCAAGCCGGUGUAUGCCCUGACAUCAAUAGAAUGGGGAGCUUUUAGGGAUAACAUGGCUAAGAAAGACAAGUACUGGAUAUAUGGACCCCUACGUGGCUACGCUUCCUAUAUAUUCAAUGGAUACAAAGAUUCUUUAACUUGGGACUGUAGUGGAACGAUCAAAUAUACUCCACCGUGUCCCGGGUGUGAGAACUGCAUCACGAAAAAGCCGGAAAUUAAAAGAAAAUGGACUUUUUUCAUACCAAACGCCCAAGCGGCCCAAGCAGACACGAAAAGUAUGAUAAAUCCAGAAUGUUCAGUUGUCAAUGAGCUGUGUUUUAAAUCGACAGAUUUUAGGAUUAAAACUCAAGUUACUAAUGGUAUUCCAGCGUUAAGUGUCGGUUUGGGAAAGAAUAAAUAUAAUUAUACGGAGUUUGUAUCGGAAGGUUGGAGACGCUUGAGGGGCGAAAGUGAUGUACCAGAGGUAGUCAAAGCGAGGACGAUUGAGUUUCGUCCCCUCGAGAGUAAACCUGACGUCGUCAUAGCAAUAGACCAAGAAGAAUUUGAUGUUAAGCCAGUUAAAGUUACUUUAUUACCGAAAAUGAUAAAAAUGUUCUGUAAAUCUGAAUUAAAUUGUUGAAUGUUUA